UUCCGCUUUCAACAAUAUGGCCGCCAGUUGUUUAGGGUAAUGUGGCGUUCGACAAAACCGAGUGAAAUUGUUAUAAUAUUUAUUAGUGACGUAAAGAUGAAUAAGGUUUUCAACGUUUUAUAGCAGUGUUUCAGACAGAGACUGUAACGCGAAUGUUUCUAGUUGGUGUCUAAAAUUUUGAAUGAGUAUAAAUCGCAUUGAAAAUUGAACAGUCAACAAACUUUUGUUUAUUUCAUUGGAGUGAAUUUAUUUGUUUUCGAUGAACCAUCCAUACGAAUCUUGAAAUAGUGGAACAAGGACUGACGUCGACAUAUUAGGUUAUGGCAAACUUGAAUUUCCAGCAAGCGCCUAGAAGCCUAGCGAGCGGCGGUGUGGGCGGUCGCGUUAGCUCCGGGCUGGUGGCGGGGGUGUCAGGGCAUGUGACGCCGACGUUCGGCGGGGCGCUGUCUCCGGGCCGGGGCUCCACCGCAAUGCCCGGCGGCGCACCGCCCUCGAUGGCUUCGCGUUCCACGUUGUUCGGGCAACGAGCAUUCGCUGACCGCAGAGUACCAAUGCCGACCUCUUUGUCGCAGCCCAACGCUAAUUCCAUGUGGGUUCGACAGUCUGGUAUGGGCAACCUGUCUCGGUUCAACGCUGGGAGCAAUUACCACUCGGUGUUCGGCGAGGGCGGCGACACGUCGACGCCGCCACUGCUGGACUUGAGCGAGUUCCCCUCGCUGACGGCGCGCGGGGCCGGCGACCAGGCCCCGGCCGCCGCGCCGCCGCCGCCUGGCUCUAAACCUUACGUGGGUAUGGUGAAGCAGCCAACAUCGGAGCAGUCUGAGUUUACGAUGUCGUCGGAAGAUUUCCCUGCGUUGCCGGGCACGUCGAACACGAGCGGGUCGGCGACGGCGCAGCAGCCCGCUGCGACGCCGGCGUCUGGCCACCCCGCGCCCGACUACGCAAACCACAGCGCUGAAAAGCCCAGGAAAGGCAUACAGACAUCGCCCGACGGAAACGUAACAAACAUACCAGGGACUAUGAUCCCCAACCAGUUCGGCAUAGUGGGGCUGUUGACGUUCAUCCGCGCGGCGGAGUCGGACCCCAGCCUGGUGUCGCUGGCGCUAGGACAAGAUCUAACUGCUCUCGGAUUGAACCUCAACUCCCCUGACAACCUUUAUCUCACUUUUUCUGGACCGUGGGCGGACACUCCUUGCCGACCACAAGACAUGGACUACCACGUGCCGCCCGAGUAUUUGAUUAACGGAUCGAUUAGAGAAAAGCUGGCACCACUGCGGCUGAGUCGAUAUAAAGAAGACUUGCUUUUCUAUCUGUUUUACUGUUUCGUCGGUGACGUGCUUCAAAUAGCAGCUGCAGCAGAACUAUACAAUCGUGAGUGGCGAUAUCAUACGGAGGAGAAGGUGUGGAUCUCGCAGGCGCCCGGUAUGCCCAUGGUUGAGAAGACCUCCACCUACGAGCGCGGCACUUACUACUUCUUCGACGCGCAUAACUGGCGCAAGGUGGCGAAGGAAUUCCACCUAGACUACAGCAAGCUGGAGGGCCGACCGCAACUGCCGCCCCAUGUGCUUACGUAGCUACGCCAUCUCACACACCUAUUGUAGUUUUGUUAUAUAAAAGUACAAGUUUAAA